AGUUUGGCUCAGUCGGGAUUUCACUUUGUCAUCGCUUCGGCCAGCGCUAUGUUCUGCAAGAAGAGGGACACCCAACCAGGUGAGGGCAAGGAGCCCCUACCAAUCCUACACACGGCGUUUUUGUGCAUGAUCGAGGGUGCGCACUUUUACACCGUUUGCGCCAUCUUCAGCUUUGCAGGUGUCCUGAGUGCGGAUCUCGGAUGGGUGGCGGACAAAAACGAGGCUGGCUUUGUGGCAGGCUGGUUGCAAUCCUCCAAUGUGUGCGGACGCAUCGUGACCUCAACCGCCUGGGGCUUUGUGGCAGCUCGGUAUGGCCCAAAAGUCGUUCUGAGCUACACCUUGGCUUCUUUGCUGGCUGGUGGCAUCUUGUUUGGAUUUUGCACCAAUUUGAUCGCUUCCAUGAGCGUCCGCUUCCUCUUCUUCGGCCUCUUGAACGGUUGGCUGGUCCUUCAAGGCCCCUGUGCCUUGGCCGUCGCCGGGCCUCAGCGACAGACCGAUGUGCUGGGCUUCAUCUUCGCGGCCGGCAGCGGCAUGCAGCUGGUGGGGCCGGCCGUGGGAGGUUGGACCUAUGGUCUACUGGAGGAGUUCCCAGCGUUGAUCCCGAGCUUGAUCGGAUGCGCUUUGGCUCUCGUGGCCGUGGUGUUGUUCCUCGUGGUGCAUCCAGCCUUCUCCAAACCCGAGCCCAAGGUGAAGGAGGUGGAAUCCGAAGAUUCCUCCACCUCCAUCGACUCCUCGAGUCGUUCGGUGCUCUUCCGCUGGCCCAUCCCGCUGAUCAUCGCCAUGCGCUUCGCCAGCGGCUUCGCCACGUUCGCCAUGUACGAAGCGGUGCCCUUGUGGCUGAUCGCGGACAAGGAGGUCGGAGGUUUGGCCAUGACCGAGAAGUCGGUUGGUUCACUCUUGUGCAGAUCUGGCAUUUGGAACAUUGUCUACUUCAUGUGGAUCUUGCCCAAGUGCAGCAAGAUGCUUGGAACCCGUGCGUUCUCCAUUUUGACCAGCGGCAUUGCCGCGGUGACGGCGGUGCUGUUGCCCUUCUCCACCAGCGUGGCGAUGGCGAAUGUCUUGCACCUCAUUUGCGCCUCUGCCCUGGUCUCGCAGAACGCCUUGAACCUGGCCUUCACGAACAACGCGGCCGGGCCCGAGCACCGCGUGGUGGCCAAUGGCUUUGCCGUGACCUCCGAGACGGUGGGGAAAGCGAUUGGACCAGUGGCCUUUUCCUCCUUGUUCGCUUGGUCCCUUCAGACCUGGGGGUGGGGUGGGCAUGCUAUGGUCUUCUGCAUCUUAGCGGCGCUUUCAUUGAUGCAAAUCACUUGCGUCCUAUUACUUCCAAGCUACGUGGGGACAGGGCAGAAGGAGGCACAGGAGUUGCCCUCCGAGAACAGCGCUGGAGAAGGCAAAGUGGGCGAGGUGGAGGUGUGACACACUGUACAACACAGUGACGCCUGUUCAGCGCCUCACAGCGCCUCAUGUACAAAGGUCUCGUCGACAUGUUAAUUAAUUCAGGAUAGCUCACUGUCCUCACACGAAGCUAUGUGAUGAGCACGUGAGGCAAUAAGCAUCACUUUUGCUUGGCAGACCACUGCCACCCGUGUUGCCUUAUUGCACAGCUUUGCCUAGCUUGGUGGUUGGGCCCAACCCUGCAUAUACUUGAAGUUGUUUCAGUUGUUUUUCGAUUCGCG